AUGGAAGAGAUUGCUAGCGACCGCGCUGUCGACCCCGAUGCGCAGGCUGCCGUGACAGACUUCCUCGACUAUACUGAAUAUCUCCCUUCCGAUCUCAUUCGAUCCCUGACUCUUAUCCGCGGCCUCGAUGACACUUAUUUAAACAGUGCCUCAGUACUCAAUGACCGUACCAAGCUAUAUGGCUCUCUUCCUAGCCUUGCGCGCCCUGCUCGUCCAAAUGCACAGGAACUCCGUGCUCAGAUAUCCGCGAGUCUGGACAAAGCGCUGAACGCGCGGGAAUCCACGUAUGCAGAGGCCUGCCGUCUGUUGGACGUUGUGGACCGACAUCAGAACAGAUUAAAAAGCAUUAUCGCAAAACUAAAUGCCAUACCAAAGCCUCCGUCGCGGGAUCCAACCCCUCAGCCGACCCCCUCAACGCAAGUCAAGCGGUCUCGGAGCGGGAGGAAGAUCGAGAAUAGUGCGUCCGCGAGGCUAACCCUACAUCCACCUCGGGCCAAUGCUGUCGCCUCUGCCAUCCUCAAAAGACCCCGCGGCCGCCGUAUCACGGUUCCAGGAGAUGUCAUGCCACCUUACGAUCCCGAUUCGCCCAUCGCAAGCACAGAAGUCUCGGACUGGGAAUCACCACCACCUUCGCCUCCACGCCCCGUCUUGAAGCUCAAACAACCUAAGCCACCGGCGCCUUCCAAACCCCCGAAACAGAAACCCCCGCCACUUGAGGAGAAGACGCGCGAAUCUCGAGAAGCAACUGAGCCUUAUCACAAGCCUACUCCUCCACCUGAAGAUGCUGAGAUAGGAAGCAAAUGGAGGCCGUGGACUCAUUUGACUGAGUACGAGAUGUACAGACUUCGAAAGAAGAUGAAGAAAAACCAUGCCUGGGAGCCCAGCGAUAUUAUGAUCAGACGCGAGCUGGCAGACCGUGGUAGAGGUUGGGACAAUUACUACCGGGCAAAGGCUGAAGCUCAAGCGAAUGGCACAAGGUUCAUCGACAUCGAUAGCAUCGAGAAGUUGAACCCAAAAGCUGAGAGACCUGACAAGCCCGAGAACCUUGAUCAGGUCGAAAGCGUAGAGAAGCCAGAGACAUCAGAGACAGUGGGGAAGGUUGAGGAGGUAGUGGAGGUCUCAGCACAAGAGCCCGAGGUUUUGGAAAAGUCUGAAGACUCUGUCGCCGCGGCAGGGGUUACACCUAUUCCGAAAACAAAACCGUUGAAGAAAACCGAAAAGAAGGAGAAGAAACCUGAUCCUGCGCGGUCACAGGCAGCACUUGCUGCGCAAGAGGCUGAACUCGCUGCUCGAAGACUCGGGGACAUUGGCUCCAAGUUUCGCACUCUGUUCACGACUCCCUUUACUUCAGCCCUGGCAUCGUUGAGCCGAAGUGCCAGUACUCCAGUCCCUAAUCGGCCGCCUACGACAGUGAAGAAGGUUACGGAAAAGACGUCCAAGAAGAGAAAAGCGGAUGAUACACCCACUUCAUCGGUCUCCCCAUCAGCGGAGCCUGAAGCCGCAAGAAAAAAGCAAAAAAUUGCGCCUAAGCCAUCGCCUCUAGCGGCGAGUCCCAUCCCAGGCGUAGCCCCUACAUCACCUGCCGCCACCAGCAGCGAACCUCCUCCUUCGGUCAGUACAGCAACCGUCAAGAUUCCACUGAAACUCAACGUGGCAGCUGCAGCUGCAGCUCCACCACCGGGAGUGACUUCUGCCAGUGCAAGCAAAACGCCGACUCCUGCCCCAGCGACGCGUGCGGCCAGUGUUCAGCGCACUUCGGUCGCACCCAAACCAGAGGGUACACCACCGGCAUCGACGACGACUUCCUCUCGACCACCAUCACGGCGCUCCGCCGCGGCGUCCGUGGAGCCACAAGUGCCUACUACGAGAUCCAGCCGACGGGCGUCCAUGACACCCUCUCUCGCUGGAGGCCAGAAGACACCCGCCGAGAGGGAAGCAUCAGGACCGAGUCCGAAAGCCAUCAUGGCAGUUCCUACAGCCGCGAGCCAUCGAAGCAAGCGAGAUGCGCCGGGAAUGGUAACGCAGUCGAGUCAAGAUGGAGGCGCUGCUGUGAGCGUGAGCAAGCGCAAAACGAAGCCAGCCAAGAAAGCAUCGUCCACUGCCCAAAUCCCACAGAUCAGGAUCGACGUUGAUGGAAAACAAGAAAUCGUGGAUCCCGACGAGGAACGGUAUUGUCUCUGCGGCGAUGUCAGCUGGGGCGAGAUGAUUUGUUGUGAGUUGGACGAGAAGGCAUGUUUACCCUCCUUUGCAUCCCACAAUGCAUGCGCUCUUUCUUUUUUUGACUUGUUAAUCAUCUAUCUCGAAGAAGUCUGCUAA